AUGAUAGUCGAGGGUAAACUGAGCAUCUGGAUCUUAACAGGUGUGCUUGCCGUCACGACUGUCUUCUUUAAUGUCUACAUCUUUAUGAUGAGUCUUUGGAACAAGAAAGAGAAAAAGCAGAGAGGCCCCAGUGAAACGAUCAUCAUCGCGCUGUCCGUGGCCGAUGUGGUGCAUCAGCUGGUGUGCUAUCUCUGGAUGACCAUGGAUGAGGUGGAUUAUCUGUGCCGCAUCACGGAGAUGAUCUACACCGUCCUGCUCCUGCUCAUCUUCAGCUUCAAGUUCACCAUCAUGUGGGACACCAGCUUUCUCACCUUCUACUACAGCACCAAGCUGGUCAACACGCCCAAUCAGUGCUACACGCACAUCCAGGCCAUCAUCCUCAAGCACGUGACCCUGGCGGUGGUCCUCAUCCCCCUGUGUGGCCUGGCCACCUGCAUGCCCAUGCUGGCCGUCUUCCACCGGAACAACGGCACGAGCGCCGACAAAGACUGCGGCGUGCUGAUGCCCGACACCAGCUCCGGGAAGGCCUACGACGUGGUGUACUUGCUCCUGUCCGACGUCCUGCCGGGACUGGUCAUGUUCAAGUGCUGCAUCUCCAUCUCCGUCCACCUGGCCAUCCACCUCCGCAACAUGAAAGCCAGCACCAACGGCGCCCACGCCCCCAAACUCGGCUCGCAGAUGAGAGUGAUCAAGAUGGCGCUCUCCAUAGUGGCCAUCUUCCUCCUCUUCCUCGUGGUCGACCUGUACGUCAACUACCAGAUAGUGGUGCACCACACCAGUGGCAUAGGGCUGUCGUUCUUCUUCACAUCGGUCUACACCACGGUCACCGCCAUGAUCCUCAUCUACGGCAAAAAGACUCUUUGGAAAGCUUUAAAGCAUGAUUUUAACCUGUCUCUAGAUGAAUUUCCAUGUCUGUCUUGUCUGAAGUUGCCCGAAAAAAAGGCUGAAAAGGCCGAGCCCAGCACACAGCAUAAAAGCUGA